AGAAUGGGAUUGCGCGUCCUGUUUUGUUACCGUUCGCCGGCCACGCCUCUUCACCGCGCAGUUUGGACUACAACUCCUAUGAGACUUUGCAGAGGGAAGGGCUACGCGGGCUUGGAGGAGUCAUUUGGCGGGAAAGGAUGGCGGGAGCCGCUGGUGGGCGGCAACAAGAGAUGCGGGACUUUGUCGCCAGUCUUUUCCGGGGAAGCCCUGAUCUCAGCAUCCUCACUCAUGCCAUUGUUCGGAAGAAAUAUCUUGACCAUGUUGGGCAGAAGAAUCUAUCUAAAGAGGAGAAGGAGCAACUCAAACAACUGAUGGAGGAAGAGCUGGUCCAGAUGAAGGUUGAUGAACCCCCAGACAAUGUAGAAUUAAGGACUGAAGUCCAGGAUUCUUUCAAAUCUGGAGACCGCAAGAGACCCCGUUGUAUCUCAGAUACUUCGGAUGAAGAGAUCAAAAAUGAACAGGAGCAGAAGAGGCAAAGGAUUGGAAAGAAGUUAGAAGUCAGUUCUGAUGAAAAGGAUUCUGGGAUUGAUUCCAAGAAGCAGCCACUCCAUGGUGGUCCAAAACUUCUAAGGAAGUUCUUGGAUUCUUCUGACCAAGGAGACUCCGGAGCUGAAGAUCACACUGCUGAGUCUGGAAGUGAUGAGGAAAGUACAAAGAGCAAAGGAAAAGAACCACUUCAGGAGGCAAGAAGGGAGAGACAAAGAGGCAGCAAAUCAGCCAAGAGGCAGUGGAACAGGGGCCUCCAGGAGAAGGCGGGGAGUGAGUCUGAGGAGGCCACUGACACGGGACAGAGUGACCUUGAAGAAGAGGUUGAAGAACACAGGAAGGUCACAAAAGGGAACAGUUUGCAGCAAAAAGACUUGAAACUUAGGGAAAAGGUGGACAAAGAACUGAAGGUCACUGAUCCCAAAGGAAAAGAAAAAAACAGGAAAAUGAAUGAGCAAAGAGGAGGAAAAAACAAAUCAGAAGGGGGAAAUGAUCUGUCUGAGAUGGAGAAAAUCUUGGAAAAGAAGAGAAUAGAGUGGAGUGAGAGUGAAGAGGAGAAGUCACUCAGUGAUAAAGCACAGGGCAGGGUAGGGCAAGGAACUCAGAAGGGCUCGAAGGGGAACGAGAGUGAGGAUGCAUCAGGGAGCGAUUCUGAUAAAAAAUGUAGUCUGCAGAAGAAAAUGGCAAACAGUCGAUGCAGAAGGAAGAGUAGGAGUAUUGAGGAUUUGAGUAGCAGUUCGGAGGACUCUGCAGGUCAAAGUCCAAUGAGGAAAGAGGGAGGAAGGAGGGCAAGUGGAGCAAGAUGGAGCCGACAGGCCAGAAAUUAUUCCAAGCCCAAAAGGCAACCUAAAGAGAGAGGGAGGAAGAAGAUGCAGAGGGAGGACUUGAGCAAGAAGAAGCUGGCGCAAAGGAUUCAGGAGUCCAGGAGAAGCACCAGUGAAGAGUCAGAAAGUGAGGCAGAUGAGCAUAAGAGCUUGAAAGAGAAGAAGAAGAAGGGGGUGCAGGAUUCCACUAGCAGUAAUGGGGAAUCACAAAGUGAGGAGACUGAGAAAAACCAAGGCCAGCCUAGAAAGGUGGCUCUAAGAAGUCACCCAUCAGAAAGUGAGUCAGAUGAAAGCAAGGAUGGGGAUCAAAGGAAAAACAGGAUGCUGAAAAAGAGGGACAAGCGAACCUCUGGGAGCAACUCAAGCCAAGAGGAGGAUAAGUUGAAGAACAGAGGGGCCCAAAAGUCACAGAGAAAGAGCGGUGGUGAAGAAGAAUCAGUGCUUGAUUCUGAGGAUUCUGGAAGUGAGUUUGGGGGAAAGAAAAAAAGCCAAAGCCAGCAGAAGAGAAGAACAGAAAAGCUCAGAAGGAGAAGCACCAGCAAGGAGAAACACGGGGAAGAAUCCAACGAGGAGGAGGGCUCCGGCUCAGAAGAGGGCGAGCCCACUUCUUCUAACCAGCACCACCUUGGAAGGGGUAAGAAGCAUCAUUCUGGAAAGAACGAGGACCACCCUUCCAUCCAGCGCCUGAAACGCUACAUCCGGGAAUGUGGCGUGUGGCGGAAUUACAAAAAACUCCUGGCAGGUUGCCGUUCCCGCAGAGCUCAGAUAGAAGUUCUCAGAGAAGAGCUGGGAAGUCUCGGCAUGAAGGGAGCUCCAUCUCUAGCCAAGUGCAGAGCCCUAAAGCAGAAGCGGGAAGAAGCGGCCGAAGUGGCUUCGCUUGAUAUCAACAACAUUAUUGCUACAGAAGGCCGUCCAAAGCGUCGUAAUGUCUGGAGCCUUUACAGUAAGCCCCAGGAGUCACCUAGUUCACCAGAGGAGCUGCCCCUUCGCCAUCGCCCUACAGACUGGUCCCAGCUUCGAGGAGUCAUCAGUUCAGACGGGGAAAGCAGUUGACUCUGAGGUGGAGGGAGGCCGACAUUCAUUCACUUUAUUGCCCUACUUUGGAGAGGAAAUAUGGGUUUAACUCAUCGAACAGCCAGGAGGGGAUCUCUUUUUAUUUCCCCCUCUUCUCAAAAUGCAAAGAAAACCAUUUUCUGAUAAGCUGUGCUUUUUUAUUAUUGUGUUUCCCAUGGGCAAGGGAAGGGGAAAACACAAGUACUUCUGUUGAGAGCAAAAGUCUUCCUACUUUCUGAAGAUGGACACAGAAGGGAAUCCAUUGCUUCUUUAAAAUCCCCAAGUUUUGCCACUGUUGCCAUUACAUCAUUUUUAAAUUAUCUACUCUAUGACCCCUUUCCCCAAGCAUAGACAUUCUUCAGCAGGAGUAUGAAUAUCUGUGUUUUGGGUUGGGACAAAUUUUAUUUUCAUUCCAUGUAAAUAUGGAGACCGAUACUUCCUUUCCAUAUUUAUGAGCCAUUCCUCCCUCUUUGGGAUGGGGAGUUUUCUGAAGAAGAUUGACUCUUGUUCUGGGCCAGAUUUCGCUUGCCCUCGGUUAUAUGAUAUAUGAAUCACUAUCUGUCUACAUGUCACAUUUUUGAGAUUUUAUGAUUGAAAACAAAAAAAAAGUUUUAUAUUUGUUAAAUAAAAUACAUUUUGGACUUUAACUCAGGAGAGCUUUCAGGUCAGGUCUAAUCAAUAGCUACUCCCCACCUAUACCCUUCUGCAUGUACGAACCUCAAGUUAUUUUUUUACAAAAGUGCUUGCUGAUUAAUUCUGCAACAUCUCCUGUAUGACAAAGAAUCUGGCUCU